GUGACGCCGCACCACCUCCCUCCUUUCUCCUCCCUUUGUGCAGUUGACAAGCCCCUUGUCGGUCAGGACUGGAACACACAGAGAUAAUGGCUGUACCUCCCACCUACGUUGACCUUGGAAAGUCUGCCAAAGAUGUUUUCACCAAGGGAUACGGCUUUGGACUCAUCAAGCUGGACUUGAAAACAAAGUCUGAGAAUGGACUGGAGUUCACCAGCACAGGCUCUGCCAACACUGAGACCAGCAAGGUCUCUGGGUCCCUGGAGACCAAGUACAAAUGGGCAGAGCAUGGACUGACCUUCACAGAGAAGUGGAACACCGACAACACCCUGGGGACAGAGAUCACUCUUGAAGACCAGUUGGCCAAGGGGCUGAAGCUGACAUUCGAUUCCUCCUUCUCGCCGAACACUGGCAAGAAGAGCGGCAAGAUCAAGACGGGCUACAAGUGCGACCACAUCAACCUCGGCUGUGACGUCAACUACGACAUCAAUGGUACAGCCAUCCACGGUGCAGCAGUGGUGGGCUACGAGGGCUGGCUGGCCGGCUACCAGAUGACCUUUGAGGCUGGCAGGAACAGGAUCACCCAGAGCAACUUUGCGGUUGGGUUCAAGACUGAUGAGUUCCAGCUCCAUACAAAUGUGAAUGAUGGCACUGAGUUUGGUGGUUCCAUCUACCAGAAGGUGAAUGACCAGCUGGAGACAGCAGUCAACCUGGCCUGGACUGCCGGAAACAGCAACACCCGCUUUGGCAUCGCUGCCAAGUAUCAGAUUGAUCCUGAUGCAUCCUUCUCUGCCAAGGUGAACAACUCCAGCCUUGUGGGCCUGGGCUACACUCAGACACUGAAGCCAGGCAUCAAGCUGACGCUCUCUGCUCUCCUCGAUGGCAAGAACAUCAACGCUGGUGGCCACAAGCUUGGUCUGGGCCUCGAGUUCCAGGCAUAGGAUGAUGGGGCAUCUCCCAGCACACACACAUUCCCGACCAAAAAUUUAAAAAAGAAAAGAAAAAAAAAAUCUAAAUCCUUUAUUGAUUAGCUAGCCCCUCACAAAACCCGUUUCCCUUAGACAUGUUACAGCUGAAAGCAAGGCAGCAUAAGGUCAAAUCUUCCUUGUGACGAGCUACCAUUUUUAAAGGACCAUUUUAAGGGAACAUUAUAUUUUGACAAUAAUGAGCUACGUUCAGAACAAAACUACAACCAUUUGACAAAGUUUUAUCUUGAAUUGUGUAGCUUACAAGGGAAAAGGUAGCCUUGAGUACAUUCAGGUUGGCCUCACUCGUUGUCAUUUCACUACAUUCAUACACAAUGCUUUAAUUUGUGUGUCUCUCUCUGCUUUCCAAUGCAGAUAAAAGGGAAAAUCAAAACGAGAUCAGCCCAAAAUGCAUAAAGGGCUCGACACAGUCAGCGCACAGUUUAGUAGUUACACCACCAGAUGGUGCUGUUGCAUAGCACUAUUAAGCACUCCUUGCUCAAAAGUUGUGGUGGUGGCAUUACGAAAUAAAAUAGUUUUAUUUUCGCACUUCUGCACCGGAGAGCUCUAGUGUCUGUCUUGAUAUAUUAUACAGUGGGAAGGGUUAGUUGUCCCUGAUGUAAGCAGCUGUCAGUAGCUCUAAGAGACACUACACCCCAAUGUGUACAUUCUGUGUUUUCGUCUCACUUGUUUAUUGUGUCUGUGCAUUUGGUGUGAAACAUGUCUUUUGUUACAUAUAGCAAAAACGAAACUUAUUUUAUUGUUUGACCGUCUUGCAUAGCUUAAUCCACCUGUGAAGUUUUACGAGGCAACGACCUGUCAAUUCUUUCUGGUGGAGGUAAUGAAAGGAAACCUAUCAUGCACACAGUUGAACUUCUCUGGAUAACAGUUACAGUACUUCUUUGAAGGAGGAUGAAAAGAAUAAAUACAGUGGACAGGAAAUGGAAGUCUUCCACAACUGGUUAUGGGAAUCAUGCUUAGUGUACUUGACAGUAUUGUUAUUCCCUGAAUUAAAUAAAGAACAUCUUGAACCAGU